GUGGGCUUGGGUGCAGAGUGCCAUUUUGAUCUUUGUAUAGUAAUCGAUACGAGAAAUGUCCCUAGCAGGGUUGAAGGUCAUUGAGUUUGCCGGCUUAGCUCCAGCGCCUUUUGCUGGCCUCGUUCUUGCUGACCAUGGUGCUGAGGUCAUUCGCAUUGACCCGCCAUCUCCGUUCAAUAACGAUAUCCUCUGCAGAGGAAAGACGUCUAUCGCGAUCAAUUUAAAAACCCGUAGCGGCCUCGUAGUGGCAAAGAAACUGAUUACGCAGGCCGACAUACUCAUCGACCCAUUCAGACCUGGUGUGUUGGAAAGACUUGGCCUAGGACCUGAAAUAUUCCUUGGUUCUGAAGAAACGAAAGGUCUCAAUGACAAGCUUAUUUUUGCGAGAGUAGUGGGCUUCCCAAGGGCCGGGCCUCAUAAAACGAUGGCUGGUCACGAUAUAAACUAUCUAGCUACCAGUGGUGUUUUGUCAAUGUUACCGGGUACACAAGAGAAGCCAAGCUUCCCUCUCAAUCUCCUGGCAGAUUUUGGGGGAGGUGGCUUGAUGUGCGCUACUGGCAUAUUACUUGCUCUUGUCGAACGCGGCAAGAGUGGAAAGGGGCAAGUUGUGUGUACAGAUAUGGUUUCGGGAACGCGCUACCUUUCAUCUUUCCCCCUCUUACAUGCAUCCGAAUCAUCGCCCUACUUUUCCCAAAAUCGAGGCUCUAACAUCCUUGAUGGCGGUGCGCCUUUCUACGAUGUGUAUACGUGCUCCGACGGCAGGUGGAUGAGCGUGGGCUGUGUGGAACCUGUUUUCUUCGCAGAGUUUAUAGCCAGGUUCGAUAAAGCUCUUCAGAACGAAGGAAUAAACUCGAGCUGGAAGCCAUCGCAGGCUACGCAGACGAAGAAAGAGGACUGGCCAAACUUGAAGCAAUAUUUACACGACGGGUUCAAAAGCAGACCAAGAGAAUUCUGGGAAAUUGUUUUCCAUGAGACGGACGCUUGCGUACUACCUGUUCUGUCACCUAAGGAGGCCGAAAAUCUGGAUUCGUCCCUUUACCCUGCGCCCCACCCACAUCUCAGCAGAACACCUUCAUCUCCGCCAUUGCUACCGGACGGUGGUUUUGGUAAGAGUUCGCGCCUGGAGCCAGGAGCGCACACGGAACAAAUUCUAACUUCACUCGGAUAUACAAUCGAAGAACAGAAGGAGCUUGCUUUAGGAGGAGCUUUUGGGCAAGAUGCACGGAUAGAGCCCAAGUUGUAGUCUAUAAUAAUGGAAGCUACCAUGCGGUAUUUCCAGCACAUAAAUCGAAUUCAGUAUUCUAGUGAAGUCAAGACAUGAGAUGAGCGAGUACGAUGCAAGAGUGGAGAGACAGGUAGUGCUAUGC